AUGUCCAAUCACAGCAAAGACGUUCGCACCAUCAGAGGUGCCCAUUGGCAAGGACAAAUUAGGCUCCGCCUCCCCCCUCUUUUCAUUUUCCCAUUGGGCGUCUCGUGGGCUGUGAGGGAUUCUAGGAGUUGUAGUAUCAGUGGGUGCGACGCAUUUGCCGCAUGGCGCGCGACUUAUAGUGGCCACUGUGUCUCGGAGGCGAGGGGAUCCAAAGGUAUGAGCGGGAAACGGCGCGCGGAUCAGGGACCUGUCUCAGAAAGAAAGAAGAAGGGGAAGCGCGAAUUGACAGGAGAGUUCUCUGCUACUCUCCGUGAGGAGACAGUGAAAAAGCAGGUGGCUGAGGCCUGGAGCCGGAGGACCAGGUUCAGUCAUGAGGCCAUAAUUAUGGACCCAGAUCCUUUCCAACACUGUGUGAUCCCAAACUUCAUCCAGUGCCAGACUUUCUUGGAAGGACUUCAGAAGGAACUUUUGGAUCUGGAUUUUCAUGAGAAAUGCAAUGACUUGUACAAAUUCAAACAGUCGGAUGAUCUGAAGAAUAGAGACGAACUUCAUAUCUCUGCUUUAAGGAAAGUUCUGUUUGAAGAUUUCCGGAGAUGGCUUUCAGACAUUGUUUUGAUUGACUUGGAAUCAACUGUUGAUAUCUCUUGUGCUAAGUAUGAAUAUACAGAUAUCCUGUUAUGCCAUGAUGAUGAGCUGGAAGGAAGAAGAAUUGCUUUCAUUCUAUAUCUUGUUCCUGCUUGGGACAAGAGCCUUGGGGGUACCUUGGACUUGUACAGUACAGAUGAACAUGUCCAGCCAGAACAGAUUGUUAAGUCUCUUGUCCCAUCUUGGAACACCUUGGUUUUCUUUGAAGUGUCUCCAGUGUCCUACCAUCAGGUUUCUGAAGUUCUGUCUGAAGGAAAAUGUCGGCUGUCUAUAAGUGGCUGGUUUCAUGGUCCUUCUCAGACAAGGUCCUCAAGCUAUUUCGAGCCCCUCUUACCGCGUAGCCCUCACAUUUUACGAGAUAAUGAAAUUUUAUAUGAAUGGAUUAAUCCAAUCUAUAUGGACAUCGAUUUCCAGGCUCAAAUUCAAGAGGAAUUUGAAGAGCGCUCUGAAAUUCUAUUGAAGGAGUUUUUCAAGUCUGAAAAAUAUGAAAAAAUAUAUGAGGCUUUGGAGAAAGAAGAUCUAGAAUGGAGCAAACGAGGUCCCCCCAAUAAAAGGUUUUAUGAAACAGCUGAGGAAGAGAAGCUUCCAGAUAUCUUAAGGGAGUGCAUGGAGUUAUUUCGCUCUGAGGCCCUGUUCUUGCUGCUGUCCAACUUCACAGGCCUAAAGCUUCAUUUCCUAGUCUCUUCAGAUGAGGAUGAUGAGAACCAGACAAACAAUGAUGAAGAAGAAAGUGAAGAAAUUAGCCAUGGUUCUUCUAAAGGAGAAAACUACCAGGAGGCCAGUGGCCACACAAGCCAACAAAGCAAGAUAGAAACAGCUCUAGAAUCAGAGGAUGGAGAGGCAAAGAAUAAAUCAACUGUCCCCACAUGCACUGGAGAGCUGAGAUAUUGGAAGAAUGGUCACUACACUCUAGUGCAUGACACAAAAAAUACUGAAUUUGCCUUAGACCUGCUUUUCUACUGUGGCUGUAAAGGAUGGAAAACAGAAUAUGGUGGCUUUACUUCCUACAUUGCCAAAGAUGAAGAUGAAGAGCUCCUAACAGUGACUCCAGAAGAGAAUUCACUGGCAUUGGUUUACAGAGAUCGAGAAACUCUAAAAUUCGUCAAGCAUAUCAACCACCAAAGCUUAGAGCGAAAGAAAACUGGCCAGAACAGAACAGGUUUUUGGGACUUUUCCUUUGUCUACUAUGAAUGACUGGACUGUGCUAAAGGUAAACCUAACUAACUGCUUCAGGAGAAUGUUAAUCUGACUACAACCAAGCAAUGGGAUAAUUAGCAUCCUGCCUUUCUUAAAGCUAUGCCCACAAACAUUUUUCAGGUAAGCACCUAAAUUUGGAAAUGUCUAAAAAUAAGGAUUAUAUAUUUAGACCUGGAAAAAGGACCUUAGAAAUUACCUCAUCCAACCUAUAGAUGAGAAAACAAACCCAGAGAGGAAUGAUGUAGUUGACCAAGUCAACAUGUAUUUAUUAAGCACCUACUGUAAUAUGUGCCAGGCAGUACAUGGAGAUCCGAAACCAAAAAAUUUCUUGACCUAUAGGAAGGAUACUAGGGAUUCUGAGAGAUGGAAGGAGAGAUUGUGUUUGAGACAGGGAAGAGGAACAAACAUGGGAGAUCUAAGUACUAUCAAUAAACAGUAGACCCAGUUUGGCUAAAAUCUAGAAUGACUGAAGGGGCAUUAUUAUAAUGAGUCUGAAAAGGUAGGUUGGGAAAGUCUUUAAACACCAGACCAGGAGGUAAUUGGGAAAUACUGAAGUUUGCUGAGUAGAAGUGACCUCAUGGCUCAAGCUUAGGGAAAUCACUUUAGCAGCAGUUUGAAGGAAGCAGUGGAAUUAGGUAGAUAUGAGAAUAAUUAGGCGAAAAGAAAGGGUCUAGCUAUGGAUGUCCCACAUUUGGUGAUAUUGGCUCCCAUAGAUUCAGCAGUCUUUAUGCUAAUGAUUCUAAAGUCUAUCCAACAUCCCUAACUUCCUAAGUUUCCUAUUUCCAGCUUCCCAUUAGACAUUGCAAACUGGAUGUCUAGAAAUCUUAAACUCAACUUGUCCAAUAAUGAACUCGCCUUUCGCCUCUGACUCUUCCCCAUUCUAAACUUUCCAUUUACUAGCAAGGCAGUCCUGUAGGCUGACAGUACACACAGGAAUCAAUCUCAAUUCACUCCACCCACCCCCAUAACUAAUCUUUUGUCAAGACCUGUUGAUUCUACUUUUAAAGCAUUUCACACACUCCCCUAUCUCUUCUGACACUGUUACCACUGUAGUGUGGGCCCUUCUCACCAUUAACCUGGGCUGUGGAUUUUUUGCUGAUUGGUCAGUCUGCCAUAAGUCUCUCCCUAAUCCAUUUCAUUUUUCAAUUAGCUGUCAAAAUGAUCUCCCUACACAAAUCUGAAUGUCACCUCCCUUACACAGUAAAUUCCAGUGGCUCCCUAUGACCUCAAGAUCAAAAAAUAAAAUCCCUUUCAAAGCCCUUAAUAAUCUGCCCUUGCCCCAACUUCCCAGGGUUCUUAUACUUUCACCCCACUACCACCAUGUCAAUCAAUUGACUGACUUCCUUACCUAUUCCUUAGACAAGAGACUUCAUCUGUCAACUCUAGGUAUUUUUACUGGCUCCUUCCCUCCAUACAUCCUCCACCCAUACCUGGAAUCCCUGCCUCUAAGUUUCCUUCAAAUCUCUACUAAAAUUCCAACUUCUACAGGAAGCCUUUACUGAACCUUCUUAAUUAUUCUGUAUUCGCUUAUUUGGUAUUUGCAAUGUGUCCGCUGUAUAGCUUUUUUGUUUAUAGUUAUUUGCUUGCUAUCUUUCACAUUAAGAUUGUGGAUACCUUGAAGGCAGAGACCAUCUUUUGCCUUUCUUUGUAUCCCCAGCAUUUAAGCAUAUAUACUAGUAGAUGCUUAAUAACUGUUUACUGACUGACCAAUGCGAGAGAAGUUCUGGAGAUAGGAACAAAACUCAGACAAUUCCUCUGAUAUUAUGAACAAAGCCUCUUCAUCUUCAUGCUGGAAAUUCUCCAAGAUGGAGAAGGCAUCAGAGGGAAGACCAGAAGCUGUUCUGUGAUAAGAACAAGACCUCGUUCAGUGCGACCUGCUCUAAGUUAGAGGAUCUCGAGUACCACAUACACUAGCCCAUUGCAGUGGUUGCUCUGUGCUACAGGAAGAAAAUCAAGUUGCUUCUAGAAAUCUUGGACAGACACAUAAAAGAAAAUGCAGAAACUUCUAUUUAUAGAGGAGAAAUUCCUGGCAUGGAUUGUGGUAUGAACUAAUCAGCAAGGAUGUGCCCAGAAAAAUAUUUAAGAAAAAAAAUUCCAGGAAUACAUAAAAAACCUGAAGAGGAAGGAGAAAACAAAGGAGGAGCAGCUUAGUCUAGAGAAGAUGAAUAAGAAAUUCAAUGAACUUUAUCAGAGGCUUAUCCUUAGAGGCUAUCCUGGAACAAAAUAAUGGAGCAAAAGAAAUGAGAGGCCAUGACGGCCAGGCAAAGUGAAUUUUUAACACACAUUCACAGAGCUGAAAUAAAAGUGUCUGAAAUCAGAACUAGAAAUACCAUGGGAUAUGACAGAAACAUUGCCAAGGAAUUUUGUUUGCCCAGUUUAAAACCUUUCAUUCCAAGUAUGGAUGCUUCUUAUCUCAUUAUGAUAAAUGAAUUUUUAAAAUUCUUUGAUAUAGAUUACUGGAAAAUCGCAAUUGCCACUAUUUGUCUGAGAAUAAAAAAAAAAAACAAACUACUAUCACAUUUAUACCUGACUCCUCAGGAAAGACAUUCACUAUUUGCACAACUGGCAGUGUUCAAGCUAAAGCCAUCAGUGCAAGAGAAUUCUUACUAAAAAUUUAAUCUCGGGACAGAAUUGUGGAAGAAGAGUACACAAGAAUUAUCACCACUUUAAGUGGUGUCGUUUUGAAGGGAUAAAUAAUCCCAGCUUCUUUACCCCUAGUCAAAAGGCAGUUUAUAUAAAUGGUCAUGCGUUUGAGGUUGGGGUGUUUCUGUAUGGUUUUGAAUCUACUGUAUUUAAUAAACUUCCCUUCAUGUGAAAAAAAGGGAGUAGUAAGUAGCAGAAUCAAAGUUCAAAUGCAGGACCACUCAAAACUAGCUACAACUAGAGAUAAGAAGUAUCCAACCUGGAAAAAAAUGAGGUCAAGCAGAAGGAAGACUGGACAUUAGCAGACCUAAUUUUAUUAAGUUCUAACCUCAGACAAAUCAAUUAACCUUUCUAUCUGUAAAAUGGGCAUGAUGAUAGCUAUCUACUUCAGAGAGGAGAGAAAAUAAUAUAGUAAAAGUGCUUUCAACCUGUAAGUGAAAAUAUGCAACAGAAAUUUAGAGAAUUAUAAUAAGUAUACUCAUAAAAUGUCUUUACUCCAAUAGUUCAUACUUUGCGGUAGAAUAAUAUUAUCUGGAUGAUGUGAGCAACUAGAAUCAUUUAAGUUGAUGUAAGUAGCAAACUGACUCCCCUCAAAAUUGCUUAUGAAUGAGACAUUAGGCUAGGGAGAGUGAUGAAGGUCCACCAUUUACUGUAAUUUCAAGGUUAAACUUGUUAAAUUUAAUUCAGAGAACAAUUUUUGAAUGCCUUAAAUAAUGGUUUAAUGAAGCAAAUCAUCUCUACUCUCAUUUCAUAUAAAUUUACUGGUGUAUAGCAGCACAUCAUUGUACAUUUAAAACCAGGUUUCAUUUGAAAAGAUGUACAUACAACUUUAUGCUUAUACCAGUGAUGACAAAUCUUUUAGACUGUGUCAUGCCUUACCCCACAUAGGGGAGGGAGAAAACACUCCUAUUGGGCUGCUGGGCAGAGGGGUGGGUGAAGUGGAAAAAUGUCAUCAGGCUGGGUGGAGAUGGGAAGGGGAGCAGCUCCACCCAAGUCCCUCUCCCUUUCUUGGCAGUGAACUCUGGGGGGGAGUGUUGGGGGUGGAGGGUAGCUGAGUGCCCACAGAAAGUGCUCUGUGUGCCAUCUUUAGCACCUGUACCAAAAGUUCACCAUCAUUGGCAUAUACAGCAGGGUCCCAUAUUUCUGGGAGAUAUAUUUCAAGACCUACUGUGAAUGGCUGAAACCAUGUAUAUCGGCUCCAUACCUUCUAGCCCCAUAUAUGAAGGGAUUUUCUUGUAUACACAUGUAAUAAAGCUUAUUAAUACACAGGAAGGCAUUACCAAAAUUAAAUACAGUAUUAAUAAAAUACAUUGUACAUUA